AUGGGUGUCAACAAGAACCUGCUGUGGUUAUUCCUCUUAAAUACAGCAUUCCUGGCUGCCACCACAGAUGCCACCACCACCACCGAAGCCAGCUUCACGGCAUCCGUUCCUCCAGGUGGGUCUGAAUUUCUCAUGCUGUUUUUGGGCAAUGCCUUUGGCGGGAGCAGUGCCUCCCUGAGCCUGGUGAAUGGCAGUAACCGGUGCGAGGGGCGCGUGGAGAUUUACCAGUACGGGAGCCAGGGCACUGUCUGUGAUGACAGCUGGGACCUGAGCGAUGCCGAGGUCGUGUGCAGGCAGCUGGGAUGCGGCUUUGCUGUUUCUGCACCAUCAAGUGCCUACUUUGGGCAAGGCACUGGCAACAUCUACCUGGACGAUGUGCACUGCACAGGGAGGGAGUCCUCCCUCUUUCAGUGCAGCCACCGUGGCUGGUUGCAAGGCGGAUGUCAGAAUGACUAUAUUGAGAUCUAUGAUGGGCCACCCAAUACUUCUCCUGUGCUUGGAAGAAUUUGUUCUAGUUCUGAUCUCAUGUACACAUCAUCUUCAAACUUCAUGACUGUCAGAUUUCACAGUGACUCCAGAUAUUCCAGUAGAGGGUUUCAUGCUGAGUAUCAGUCCUUCCCAGCAGACCAGAACACCACCCUUGCGUGCUUACCAACCUACAUGCGCGCAGCUGUAAACAGACACUAUCUCCAGUCACAAGGCUACUCAGUGUGGAACAUCAGCUUGUCUGACUCUUAUUGUAGACCAACAAUUACAUCAACUGAGGUUAUAUUCAACGUUCCAUACAAUGGCUGUGGUACACGUAGACAGGGCAACAAUGAAACGAUCACCUACUCCAAUGUGAUAAAAGUGCCUGCACCUGGUUCCAUCAUCAAGAGGCAAAAGGACCUUCACUUGCACAUCAACUGCAAAAUGCUCCAGAACACCUGGGUACAAGUAAUGUACAUUGCUGAUGACAUCAUUAAUGUCAGUGAAACCCAGUAUGGCAGAUACGAUGUGAACUUGACAUUCUACAAUUCCUCAUCUUUCCUGUGGCCAGUGCAUGACUUCCCAUACUAUGUUGACCUGAAUCAGAAUUUGUUCCUUCAAGCUUCUCUUCACAGCUCUGACCCAAAUCUGGUGGUCUUUGUGGACACAUGCGUGGCAUCACCUGAUCCUAGAAAUUUUAGAACACUGACCUAUGAAUUGAUCAGAAGGGGGUGUGUUAAGGAUCCUACCUACUCUCCUUACUAUUCACCAUACCACGAUGUUGCUCGGUUUGCAUUUAAUGCGUUUUCAUUUGUUAAUCGAUACCCGUCAGUUUACCUGCAGUGUGAGCUGGUGGUGUGCAGGCAAAACGACUACUUUUCCCGCUGCUAUCAAGGCUGUGUUAGUAGGUUCAAGAGGAAAGCAGGUUCUUCCCAGGAAAAAGUUAAUGUUGUUGUUGGACCUAUUCAACUUCGGGAAGUUCACGCUGAGAACAGGAACACUGCAACCGAUCUCCAGCUGGUGAAUGGAAGGCACAGAUGCGAAGGUCGCGUUGAGCUCUAUUACGAAGGACGGUGGGGGACAGUUUGUGAUGAUCUCUGGGACAUUUCCGAUGUCCAGGUUGUGUGCAGGCAGCUGGGAUGUGGCCAGGCUGUGGCAGCUGUAGGAAGUGCUUUCUUUGGGCAAGGCUCAGGGGACAUCCUGCUGGAUGAUGUGAAGUGCAAUGGAAAUGAGGUCUCCUUGUCGCAUUGUAAUCACCAUGGAUGGAAGACACACAACUGUGCCCACUAUGAAGAUGCUGGUGCUGUCUGUUCAGGAAAGAUCUCCACAGUGCCAACAAACUCAGCACCAGAGACAACCUCCAUAGCGGAGACGACCUUCAUAGAGGAGACAACUGCCACAACACCAAUGACCUCUCUAGCAGAUAUGACCACCACAGCAUUAACAAACCCCACAGAGGAGAUGAUGACCCUGGUAGAUACAACCAGCACAGUGCCAACAACACCCAUAGAAGAGACAACCUCCCUGCUGGAGAUGACCACCAAAGUGCCAAUGACCUCCAUAGCCAAGAUGACCACCACAGUGCCAACAACCACCAUAGCAGAGACAACCACCCUAUCAGAGACAGCCACCACAGCAACAAUAACUACCACAGCAGAGGGGAGCACACCAGCCCGCCUGUGGCUGUCUGGUGGGAGGAAAGACUGCGAGGGCCGCGUGGAGUUGUACAACAGCAGCAGCUGAGGGACGGUGUGUGAUGACUCGUGGGACCUGAGUGAUGCCCAGAUGGUGUGUCGGCAUCUGGGCUGCGGCCAGCCCAUGGCCACCCCAGGCAGUGCGCACUUUGGCCUUGGCUCUGGGCCCAUCUUCCUGGACAACAAGCAGUGCCAUGGUGAUGAGCGCUCCCUCCAGAUGUGCAAGCACAACAUCUGGGGCAUGCACAACUGCAGGACAUGGCAGGAGGUGACACGUGCCUCCCUGAGCCUGGUGAAUGGCAGGAACCGGUGCGAGGGGCGCGUGGAGAUUUACCAGUACGGGAGCCGGGGCACUGUCUGUGAUGACAGCUGGGACCUGAGCGAUGCCGAGGUCGUGUGCAGGCAGCUGGGAUGCGGCUUUGCUGUUUCUGCACCAUCAAGUGCCUACUUUGGGCAAGGCACUGGCAACAUCUACCUGGACGAUGUGCACUGCACAGGGAGGGAGUCCUCCCUCUUUCAGUGCAGCCACCGUGGCUGGGGCGUCCACAACUGUGGCCACCAUGAAGAUGCUGGUGUUGUGUGCUCAGGUACCCUUGCUUUUCCUUCCUAAAUUCCAGUCUUUAAUUCUCUUCCAUUUCUUUCUGAAGCACCUUAUUUUUGUGGUGGCUCAAUCUCAAAUUCUUCUGGGAUGCUGCAGAGUCCGUUCUACCCUGGAAGUUAUCCAAAGAACGCUGACUGUGUGUGGGAAAUACAAGUAGAGAACAAUUUCCGUGUUAUGCUCACAUUUAGAGAUAUUGCGAUGCAAAGCGGCAGAUGCCAGUAUGACUACGUUGAAGUCUACGACGGGCCUCCACACUCUUCCCCGCUUCUUGGGAGGCUUUGUUCUGGUUCCUUUCCCACAUACAUAUCCUCUUCAAACAUGAUGACUGUUCGCUUUCACAGUGAUUCUAGAUACACCUUCAGAGGGUUUCAGGCUCACUACUCUUCCAUUCCAGCAGAUCACAACACUACCCUUCUGUGCUUACCAGACUACAUGCAUGCAGUGGUUAGCAGAGACUAUCUCCAGUCUCAAGGCUACUCGGCACAAAUGGUCACUCUGAACGACAGUCGCUGUAAACCAACAGUCACAUCACACGAGGUUAUAUUCAACAUUCCCUACAACGGCUGUGGGACGAUACGAGAGGAGAAUGAUGAUACAAUCAACUAUUCCAACAUGAUCAAAGUUACAUCUUCUGGGUACAUAAUCAAGAGGAAAAAGAAUAUUCACUUACAUAUCAGUUGCAAAAUGCUACAGAACACAUGGAUGCAAAUAAUGUAUGUUGCUGAGGAUACUGUAGACGUGAAUGAAAAUCAGUUUGGAAGAUACGACAUGAACAUCACUUUUUAUGAUUCCUCAUCAUUCUUGCGGCAAGUGCAUGACUCUCCAUACUACAUUGAUUUGAACCAAAAUUUGUACCUUCAAGCUUAUCUUCACAGCUCUGACCCAAAUCUGGUCGUGUUUGUAGACACAUGUGUGGCAUCACCUGAUCCUCAUGAUUUUAACACUCUGGCCUAUGAUAUAAUCAGGAAUGGAUGUGCUAAAGAUUCCUCCUAUGUCACAUACUACUCCCCCUACAACCACUUUGCUCGGUUCAAAUUUAAUGCCUUUGAGUUCAUUAGCCGCCAUACGUUAGUCUACCUGCAGUGUGAGCUGGUGGUGUGCAGGCUCGGUGACUAUUCCUCCCGCUGCUACCAGGGCUGUAUUCAUAGGUCCAAGAGAGAUACAAGUUCUGCCAAGGAAAAUGUGAAUGUGGUUGUCGGACCACUUCAGCUUCGAGAAGGAGGUGCUCAGAGUAGGAAUACUGGGCUGGACUCUUCUGUGCCUCCUCCCCAGGCAGCUGCUGCUGAUGAUAAUCCCCUCACACCCGUCGUUGCUGCUGUCGUUAUUCUGGCAGUUGUUGUUUUUGUUCUUGCCGGUUUUCUUGAAGAUGCCGGUGUCACCUGCGCAGGUGACUUCUGAUGGUCCAUGAGGCUGAUAAAUGGUAGAAAUAGAUGUGAAGGUCGUGUCAAGGACUAUUACAAAGGAAGCUGGGGGACAGUCUGUGAUGACUUCUGGGACAUAAAUGAUGUGCAGGUUGUGUGCAGACAGCUGGGAUGUGGAAAAGCCUCUGCACUGGGAAAUGCGCAUUUCAUUCCAGGAUCAAGGAACAUUUUCCUGGAUGAUGUGCAGUGCUAUGGAAAUGAAUCCUACCUGUGGGAAUGUCAUACGGGAUGGUCAACACAUAACUGUGGGCACAGAGAAGAUGCCAGUGUGCUUUGCUCAGGUACAUUUGAAGUUCCCCAACUGCGACUGGUAUCUGGAGGGGACCGAUGCGCUGGGAGGGUUGAAGUUUACCACGAAGGCAAAUGGGGAACAGUCUGUGAUGAUCACUUCGAUAUGAACAGUGGCAGUGUUGUGUGCAGACAACUUGAUUGUGGUCAAGUUGUUUCUGUCUUGGGAUGGUCUUACUUUGGCCCCGGCACAGAAGACAUCCACCUGGAUGACGUGCAGUGUAGAGGAACUGAAUCUUACCUUUGGGACUGCCAGCACGCCAGCUGGAGCACACAUAACUGUGAGCACAAUGAGGAUGUCGGCGUCAUCUGUUCAGCAGAUACCUCGGCUCUGUCCCUGCGGCUGGCAGACGGUGACGGCCGGUGCUCGGGCCGCAUUGAACUCUAUCACAACGGCAGCUGGGGAACAGUCUGCGAUGAUGGCUGGGAGCUGGCGGACGCCGAGGUGGUGUGCAGGAAGCUGGGGUGCGGAGAAGCUCUGCUAGCUUUGCCUGAAGCCCGGUUUGGUCCAGGCUCUGGGAACAUCUUCCUCGAUGAUGUGCAGUGCAGAGGGGAUGAAGAUGACCUUUGGGAGUGCUCCCACAGAGGCAUCGCUGUCCAUGACUGCCGACAUAAAGAGGAUGCCAGCGUCAUUUGCACAGACAUGUCCCUGAGACUGGUGGACGGAGGGGACGUGUGCUCGGGACGCCUCGAAGUCUUUCACAACGGGAGCUGGGCAACCGUCUGCGAUGAUUCCUGGGACAUGACGGACGCCACGGUUGUGUGCAGGCAGCUGGGCUGCGGGGAUGCUGUCUCAGCCAAAAUCAAUGCCUUUUUUGGGGAAGGCAGAGGAGAUAUUCUCCUGGACAACGUGGCGUGCAGAGGAGAUGAGUCCUCCCUGGAGCAGUGCUCUCACAGAGGGCUGGGCACACACGACUGCUACCACAAGGAAGACGCUGGUGUUAUCUGUGAAGGAGGCGUACCUCGCUGUGGUUCUUCGCUUCAUGACCUCAACAAAGCAUUACGGAUUGAACUAAACGCAAAUGCAAACUGCGUCUGGCAAAUCCAGAGGAAUGUAAAUCAAACAAUCAGGGUCAUCUUCUCCUAUUUUAAAUUUGCUCCUUCUUCAAGCUGUGAAACAGAAAGCAUUAAAAUAUAUGAUGGUCCCUCAAUUAAUUCGCGUCUUCUUGGACAAGUAUGUAACAACACCGAUGCAGUUCCAGUACUUGAAUCGUCUUCAGACAGUUUAACUUUUCUCAUAACAACAAACUCCGUGGCUUUCACAAGAAACUUCUUUGUCUUCUACUACUUCUUUUCACCAGAAACAAAAACUGAAAAUUGUGGGGGACAAUUAACUGGUCCCAAUGGGACAUUCACCAGCCCCAACUACCCAGCGCCUUACCCUGCAUUUAUGUACUGCGUCUGGCACAUAGAAACAGCAAAAGGCUCAAAGAUAAACUUACAGUUCCAGGAUUUGUUCCUGGAACUAGAUAGAAACUGCCAAUUUGACUUCACAGCAGUCUAUGAUGGCCUCACCACUAACACUGGAUUAAUAGGAAAAGCAUGUGGUCGUGCUCAGCCCACAUUUGAGUCGUCUUCAAAUAUUAUGACAGUUGUGCUGUCUACAGACUACGCCAACUCCUACAGAGGAUUUUCUGCUCAGUAUACCAGUGUUCAGCUGCCAGGUCCUGAGGAGCCCACAUUCCUUACAUGCUCUUCAGACAGCAUGAAAAUUGUUCUGAGCAAGUCUUAUCUGGCCUCCCUUGGGUAUGAUGAAAGUCACCUACAGCUGAAUGACCCAUCUUGCAGACCACUUGUCACAGAUGCAGUGAUCUUUUCCUUCCCAUUAGCCAGCUGUGGAACAACUAAAAAGGAUGAUGGUCACAGCAUCACUUACACCAACAUCAUCUCUCUCCCUGCAACUGGCAACAUUAUCACUCGUCAGAAGAGCAUACAGAUUAUUGCGAAAUGCAAAAUGGAAAACAAUUCAACCUUAGAAGUCAUUUACGUAACGCAAAAUAACAUAAUCCAGAACAUAACCGCUGUGGGAAAAUAUAACAUUAGCAUGUCAUUCUACGACUCGGAUUCCUUCUCCAAGCCUGUCCUUCAGUCCCCGUAUUACGUAGACUUGAACCAAACUCUUUUUGCUCAAGUCAGCCUUCAUUCCACCGACCCAAAUCUUCUGGUGUUUGUUGAUAACUGUAUAGCAUCUCCACAACCUGAUUUUGGAUCGCCAACAUAUGACUUAAUCAGAAGUGGCUGCAAUAAAGAUGACACCGUGGUAACCUACCCACCACUUGAACACUACGGAAGAUUCAAAUUUAAUGCCUUCAGGUUCCUGCAGAGCUUUCCAUCAGUUUAUCUCCAGUGUGAUGUUUUAAUUUGUGACAGCAACAACACAAACUCUCGCUGUACUGAAGGCUGUGUCUCCAGGCAGAAAAGAGAUAUUUCUUCAUACACAUGGAGAACUACUACCGUAGUAGGUCCCAUCCGCCUGAAAAGAGACCUCAGGUCUGCUGAUCACUCAGGUGUGUCCUUUGAAGCAGAAAAAGCAGCGCUCGCUCCUAGUUACAAAAGUAGUGCAGGAUCUGACUAUGAAAAAGUCAUGAAUGGCAAGAGACUUCAGAUUUUCAAAUGUGACAUUUUUUGA